AUGUGCGGCAUCUUAGCCAUUUUUCACUCUUCCAUUGAAAGGCACCGACUGCGUAGGAAGGCCCUGGAACUCUCGAAGAAGCUGAGGCAUCGAGGCCCCGACUGGAACGGAAUCGUGGUCGAAGAGAAUGAGGACGGAACGACAAACGUGCUCGCACACGAGCGCCUGGCCAUCGUCGACGUUCUGUCGGGUCAUCAGCCUCUGUACGACGACGCCAAGGAAGUAUGCCUCACGAUAAAUGGAGAGAUCUACAAUCACAUGGAGCUCCGAAAGCUCCUUCCUGAAGACAUUAUAAAAAAUCUAACUAGUCAAUCUGACUGUGCAGUUAUUCCGAACUUGUACAAAAAGUAUACUAAUAAGAUGCCAUCCAUGUUAGAUGGAAUUUUUUCUGGAGUUAUAAGUGAUCAUAAGAAGAACACAUUUUUUGCGUUCAGAGAUCCCAUAGGAGUUUGUCCUCUCUAUAUAGGAUAUGCAUCUGAUGGGUCUAUCUGGUUUGCCUCUGAGUUCAAGGCGCUAAAGGAUAGCUGCGUUAGGUACGUGAACUUCCCUCCUGGGCAUUACUACGUCAACUGCAAAAAUAAAGGAGAGUUCGUUCGCUAUUUUAAUCCUAAUUGGUGGGAUCUAAGUGCUCCCAUUCCAAAUAAUAAAGUCGACUUGGAACAGAUUCGAGUUCAUCUGGAGAAGAGUGUGAUAAAGAGGCUGAUGGGGGAUGUGCCCUUCGGAGUGUUACUCUCAGGGGGAUUGGAUUCCUCCAUCGUGGCUGCUAUAAUUUCCAGAUAUUUGAAGAAGAUACACGGGGGGGAAAGAGGCGUAGGAGGAAAUCAAAUAACGAACAACGACAACAAUUGGAAGGACUCUGCCGCCGAUUCCUGGCGAUUGAAAAGCUUCUCCAUCGGGCUUCGUAACUCACCCGACCUGAAGGCCGCAAGGGAGGUGGCAAAUUUUCUGGGGAGUCACCACACAGAAUUUCACUUCACCGUGGAGGAGGGAGUGGAUUCUCUGCACGAUGUGAUCUAUCACAUAGAGACAUACGACAUCACGACGAUUCGUGCAUCUACCCCAAUGUACAUUCUUUCAAGAUUAAUAAAAAGUAGUUGCGUCAAAAUGGUUCUAAGUGGAGAAGGUGCAGACGAAAUAUUUGGAGGGUAUCUUUACUUCCACAAGGCUCCUAACCGAGAAGAGUUUCACCGCGAGUUACAAAGGAAGGUGCAUGACUUACACAUGUACGAUUGCUUGAGGGCAAAUAAGUCUACCAUGGCAUUCGGGAUCGAAGCACGCGUUCCUUUCCUUGAUCUAGAUCUCCUAAAUCUAGUUAUGAAUAUUGAUCCCAAAGAAAAAAUGUGUUCAGAGGGGCAUAUAGAGAAGGACAUUUUAAGGCGUGCUUUCUCUGGCUAUUUGCCUGAUCAUAUUUUAUACAGACAGAAGGAACAAUUUUCUGAUGGAGUUGGAUACAACUGGAUUGAUGGUUUGAAGGAAUAUGCCGAGAGUAAAAUUUCCGACAUACAAUUUUCACGUGCACCCUUUUUAUUUCCAUAUAACACUCCCAAGACAAAGGAGGCCUACUUGUACAGAUGCAUUUUCUCUGAAUGCUUUCCGGAACAGUGUGCACAGGAAUCGGUACCGGAGGGAUCCUCCAUCGCUUGCUCGUCAAGCAAGGCGAUCGAAUGGGAUGCAUCGUUUAAGCAAAACUCAGAUCAGUCAGGUAGGUCCGUGCUGGGCGUACACCACAGCGCGAAGCAAUUCUCCGAUGUGAAGCCUGUGCAGAUGCCCGACGAUGAGAGCAGGGCGCUUCUAUCAAGCGCAACCUAA